AUGGAUGAAGAACUCAAUUGUCAUGUACACACUGUUUUGAACAGUCUACCUGUCUCUGUCAAUAAAAUGGAUCAAAUUCGCACUCAAACAGACGAGGAUGAACAACUCAGUCAAGUUAAGGCAUUGAUAGAGAAUGGCUGGCCAGAAAAUAAAAAUGUUCUAACAAAAAACCUACAAGAGUUUUGGAAACUUAGAAAUGAACUAACUAUCAACGAAGGCAUAGUGCUCAAAGGAGAAAGGAUAGUAAUUCCGGAAAGUCUCCAAGAUGAAAUACUGUCAGAUCUUCAUGUAGGUCACUUUGGUAUAGAAAAAACCAAACUCAGAGCCAGAAGUAUUGUUUAUUGGCAUGGCAUGAACACUGAUAUUGCUGACAUGAUAUCAAGGUGUAGUACCUGUAUGGAUAUGAGGAACAACAAUCAGAAAGAACCUUUGAAGCCAACACCUGUACCAAGUGGACCGUGGCAAGUUGUGGGAACCGACUUAUUCUCAUGGAACCAGUCAGACUUCCUGAUAGUCACUGAUUACUAUUCCCGAUACUUUGAGGUAGCAAAGUUGGAGAACACUAAAAGUGUAACAGUAAUAACACACCUGAAAUCUAUCUUUGCACGACAUGGAAUACCGUUUGAAGUGAGGAGCGACAAUGGUCCACAAUAUUCCUCAUCCGAAUUCAAAACAUUUGCGACAAAGUGGAAGUUUAAACACACAACAUCAAGUCCCUAUUUUGCUCAAGCGAACGGCUUAGCAGAGAAAUCUGUACAAACCAUGAAACGCAUCCUUGAGAAAACCAACGCUAACGGGCAAGAUCCGUAUCUUGCUCUACUCGAGUACAGGAACUCGCCUACGGAUACAGAAUCACCAGCACAACUACUCAUGAGCAGAGAGCUUAGAUCUGUGCUACCAGUUACCCAACUUAAACUUCAACCUCGUGUAGUGUCUUCAGAACACGUUCAGAAAACCAGACAGAAAUCGCAGCAAAAGCAGAAAAAAUAUUUCGACAUUGGAGCCAAACGCCUGUCGGAAUUAAAUGACGGAGAUAAGAUUCGUUUUAAACACAGAGGACAAUGGACUCCAGGAAACAUUUAUAAUCACUCUGAAUACCCGAGGUCCUACACAGUAGUGACACCUGAUGGUGAGAAGUUUCGUCGAAAUCGUCGAGACAUCAUUCAGUCACGAGAGGAAACAUUCAGGAGAAACACAGGACAUUCCUGA